UAUAAUUUUUAUUCCGAUUUUUGGCUCUCUCUAACGUAAAACCCGGAACUAUAAUAUCCCAAACUUUCCCUUCCUGAACAACUUUUUUUUGUUUGGAUUUGGACCUUGCUGUUCGCCGCCGGUGGACGGCGGCGAUUUUACCGGGCGAGGGUUUGUUUCGGGUUUUUAAUUGCAUUUUGAUUCUGUUGUUUGUUUGGAGAUUUUGGCAGAGAAUCGAAGUGUAGUGGAGUGAGGGAAUGUUUUGCUCGUCAGUGUAACAGCAGAAAUUUAGCACGAAGAUGCUCUGAUUGGCGAUAUUUUAGGGAUUUUGAUUGCUGUUGCUGUUGGUUGCCAUUGCAGCGAGGGAGUGAUAAAAGCGAGGAUUGCUUGAAACGGAAACUUUUGAGAGAGAAGGAGUUGGAAUUCGUUUUUUGGAGGUGGAGAUUUUCUUGGCGACCUAACCUUGCGGUUGAUUUCAGUUUGAUUUUGGUGGAUAAGCUUCUAAGGAGCCUUCGAGCGAGACGGAAGAGUGAUGCGAUUGCCCAGAGGGAAUAGAGAAAGAACCAAUAAGUUGUCAGAAACUUCGGCAUUAACAAAUAUUUGAUUCUUUAUUCGGCUUUGUAAUAGUAAAGCAAAGCACGUACCACACUCGGUCUCUCUCAGUCGACCACUUUCAAAUAGCUGUGCCCUCAUUUACUUUCCUUUCAAUUAUCGACUAUACCCCCUCUUGUUUGUUCCUUCUCUGAUCUUUUCCUCGUCGUCUCUGAUCCCGAGCAGCCCUUUUCCUUUUUUAUUUUUAUCUCCUUUUCCUUUCUCCAUGACCCAUUUGUUCCCGCCAAUCGAUGAACGAAUUUAUAUUUAUUUCAGAUUCCCUCAAUUUCUUUUUUCCCAUCUAGCCGCGUCCCUGUUGCUGAGAUGAGAGAACAACUCGCCCCUUUCUUUGACUACCUACGCUAUGAAAGAACAAGGAAAUCAGUGCUCUGUUUCGAUUGAUUUCCUCACGAAAGUUCGUUUUAUAAUUAUGGAAAUCCCUACAAUGGAAAACUCUUCUUGUGCUUUAUAAUUCGAGUAUUACAUGUCUAUUUCUCAUAGAAAUGUGGUUGGUAAAGAGAAGGCUCGUUUGUUUUCUUCUCCUCAAAUCAAAACACGGGAGAAAGUGUGAGAGAGAGGCAGAGACAGAGAGAAACAAAGGAGUAAGAAAGCAAAGUUGAACCAAAAUGUUUACAUGCAUAGCAUGUACGAAACAGACAGACGACGGGGGUGAGGAUGGGGCUGCGCGUGGUAGUGGCACGCCUAGUACAAAGGAAGCCGUCAAAAGCCUGACAACGCAGAUUAAGGACAUGGCGUUGAAAUUCUCUGGUGCUUAUAGGCAGUGCAAACCCUGCACAGGCUCCAGUAGCUAUAAGAAAGGACAAAGACCUUACCCAGAUUUUGACACUGCUUCAGAAGGGGUUCCAUACCCCUACAUAGGAGGGGCAAGUGCAAGUUCAACACCUGCCUGGGACUUCCCUCCUGUCAAUCGCCACCCACAUACGAGAUCUGCCUCGAGAUUUAAAGGGGUGUUCAGAGGAGACCAGACCCCUGGAGCCGAUUCCACCAUAUCAGCAUGUGAUGUGGUGCUUGAGGAUGAGGAUGAGCCGAAAGAGUGGAUGGCACAGGUGGAGCCUGGUGUUCACAUUACUUUUGUGUCCCUACCCAAUGGAGGCAAUGAUUUAAAACGAAUUCGUUUCGAUCGAGAAAUGUUUAACAAAUGGCAAGCUCAGCGAUGGUGGGGCGAAAACUAUGACAGAAUAACGGAGCUCUAUAAUGUCCAGAGAUUCAACCAACAAGCUCUUCAUACGCCACCAAGAACUGAGGAUGAGAGGGAUUCUUCUUACUCAAAGAUGGAAAGGGAUAGCCCAAUGACUGCAGCGAACAAAGAUUGGGCACUGAAAAACCACAAACCUUCAGGAAGUAAAGGUUAUUUUCCAUCUGACCAGCAUUUUGAUCAUGGAAGCAGCCAUCACUAUGCAGGGUCAAGUGCCUAUCCAACCGGGGGCGCCAAAGGCGACAUGUCAUCUAUGGAAGCCUCACGCACAACUACCUCUUCUAGAGACGAACCUUCAAUUUCCGUUAGCAAUGCAAGCGACAUCGAGGCCGAAUGGGUCGAGGAAGACGAACCAGGAGUCUACAUAACAAUCAGGCAGCUUGUUGAUGGCUCUAGAGAGCUUCGUCGUGUCAGAUUCAGCCGUGAAAGGUUCGGGGAGGUGAACGCAAAGCAAUGGUGGGAACAGAACAGGGAGAGAAUCCAAGCUCAAUACCUAUAAUAACUUAUUGAUGAUGGCAGCAACAGGUUUAAAAUUAAGAAAGUUUCAGGAGCACCUUCAUGUUCCAAAAAUUUUGUCUUUAGAAUGUAAUUUUCACAAAAGGCCAUCAGCUGGGAUAUAUGGAGAUUUUUGCACCACCAAAUAGAUACAAAACCAAAUUUCUGAUCUUUCCAAUCAGAAUUCUAAAAGUCAAAAUUCUUUUAUUUUCAUCCAUCUUCUUUCCUUUUUUCCUCUUUUCUUCAAGAUAUUCGUUAUACAAUCUAUUAUGAUCAUUUGUUGCUGUCUGUUAUAAAUAUCCAAAAAGGAGUUUACGAGCUUUCCCUGGUGAAGUUCUUCA